UGAAUGAGUAUAUACAAGAUGCUUGCCAAUAUUUAAUAUUCUUUGGAUUACAAUAUUGAGAUUCUAGUUGAAUCUUUUCAAUUAAAAACAUUUUUACUCUAUACUUUUAUGAAAUUGUUUCUUUUCUUUUGAAUCAGUUCUUAGUCAAAGAUUCAACUUGUAAUUGGAACUUAACAAACCAGAAUGUCUACUAGUGCCUGUAACUUACUUGUUUUGUUUGGAAGCCAGACUGGUACUGCUCAAGACUGUGCUGAAAAGAUUGUCCGAGAAGCAAAAAGGAGACAUUUUUCAUCGAGAGCUGUAGCCAUGGACUUGUAUAAUGUUGCUAAUCUUCUUAAUGAGGAACUUGUUGUGUUUGUAUGUUCCACUACUGGACAGGGUGACCCUCCAGACAACAUGAAGACAUUUUGGAAAUUUUUGUUAAGAAAAGAUUUACCUGCUACCUCAUUGACUAACAUGAAAUUUGCCGUUCUUGGACUAGGAGACUCAUCCUACCAGAAGUACAACGUAGUGGCCAAGCGUUUGCAGAAAAGAUUAGAACAACUUGGAGCUUGUUCUAUAUUGAAGCUUGGUUUAGCAGAUGACCAGCAUGACCUAGGAAUUGACGCAGUCAUGGGUCCAUGGUUGAAUGACCUCUGGGAGGUUGUGUUGCGAUUAUAUCCUUUGCCUCCAGGUGUUGAGAUCAUUGGCAGUGAUGUCUGCCCAUCACCUAAGUAUAAGGUGUCAAUACUGGAAACUGUCAAGCUAAAAGAUUCAGAGAAUGUGAAAGAAAAUUUCAACGAGGCUAAAUCAGUUUUGCAGAAGAAUGUGAAGAUUGGUGCUUUGUGCCCUUUCCAUGCUAGGAUGUUCGAGAACAAAAGGGUAACAUCCCCUGAUCACUUUCAAGAUGUACGUUUGAUCAAGCUGGACAUAUCAGGAUCCAAUUUGCACUAUGUUCCCGGGGAUGUUGCUGUAGUAUCACCCCAGAAUAUGCCAGACACAAUUCAGGCAUUCCUUAGUGUGACUGGCCUUGACCCCAACACACUAUUUACUUUAGAACAGAAUGACCCAGAUGUACCUUUACUGCCCAACUUCCCUGAUCCGUGUACUGUUCAAUGGCUUGUGACACAUUACCUGGACAUUAACUCAGUGCCUCGCAGAUCUUUCUUUGAGCUGCUCAAGUAUCACUCCCAGGAUGAGCUGGAGAAAGAAAAACUGGAAGACUUUUGUUCAGCCCAGGGCCAAGAAGAAUUGUUUUCUUACUGCAAUCGAGUGAAAAGAACAAUUUUAGAAGUUUUGCAAGAUUUUUCUAAAACUGCUGCCAACAUUCCACUGGAGUAUCUGUUUGAUAUCAUUCCACCUCUUCAGCCAAGGUCUUUCUCCAUCGCUUCAUCUCCUAAAGCACACCCUAAUGAGAUUCACCUGUUGAUGGCUGUUGUCAAUUAUAAGACUAAGCUUCACCUUCCUAGGCGUGGAGUUUGUUCUACUUGGCUUGCCAGCCUUGACCCUAAUGACCCUGCAAGUACUGUGCCCAUCUGGGUAAAGCAGGGGACCAUCAGAUUUCCAACUGACCCUACUGUCCCGCUGAUAAUGGUUGGUCCAGGUACUGGUCUGGCGCCAUUUAGAAGUGUGAUAUUUGAUAGAUGUACUGCAGAACACUCCGCAGCCCUAGUGUUGUUCUUUGGCUGCCGCAGUCAGUUGAAAGACUUUUAUUGUAAAGAAGACUUCUGUACAUUAACUCAAAGUGGACCACUGAAACUCUUUACUGCUUUCUCUAGAGAUCAGGAAAACAAAGUUUAUGUUCAACAAAGAAUUCUUGAGCAAGGGGACUUAAUCUGGAAAAUGAUAUACUUGGAUAACGCCUCAAUUUAUAUAGCUGGGAAUGCCAAAAGCAUGCCUGAUGACGUCAGACAAGCUCUUUGUGAUGUUUUAAGCAGCCAUGGCAACAUGACGACAGCGGAGGCUGCUGCCUAUCUUCAAGAGCUAGAACGACAAAAAAGGUAUCAAGUUGAAGCCUGGUCCUGAUUCGUAACGACCUGUCAAGCCAGUUGAACCCGUGUGAGAGGUGACACAUUUUAACUCCAUGUUUUUGUUUUCUGAGUUAAUCAAUGACGACCUGAUGCAACACAAGUUGGUGCAGUGUUAUGUUGUGGACCUACCUAGUUACCAAUGUAGAAGUAGAAAGUACUUUGAACUCAGUGCAUGUUGAAUUAACCUCCCCGUUUCACAUUGAGGUCACUUGAAUCAUCACGUUAAGUACUAUUCAUUACAAUAUUGUGGAAUUACAAUUUACAUUUGACUUUUGUAACUAGGUAUGAGCAAUUAAAAUUGAAAGAGUUAAAACACAUUUUCAUACAUGAUUGACAAAUUAUAUGGACAAAAAAUAUUUUACUAUUUCUUUCUCAGCCUUAGUGUUGUUCUUUGGCUGCCGCAGUCAGUUGAAAGAUUUUUAUUGUAAAGAAGACCCCUGAAACCCCUAAAACACAUUUUCAUACAUGAUUGACAAAUUAUGUUUAAUUUCAAAAGUUUAAGGAAAUUUAGCUCUUAUUUGGAAUCUUUGUUCAAUGUAAGCUACUGUCUCACUUCAUUCUAUUAGGUCACAAUUUAUUUUAGAUAUAAUGUUUAUAUUCCAGUCAAUCUCAUGUGCAAUC